AUGCCUCAAGAUGUUGCGGAUAGUGAGUUUUACGUCACAUAUAAUUAUAUUAAAGAACGGUUACCAGCUGAACUUUCGCAGCCUAAAGUAGCUAUUAUAUGUGGUUCUGGACUUGGAGGUUUGGCUGAUACUAUUGAUGAGACAAAGUGCAAAAAGGUUGAGUUUAAGUAUGAAGACAUACCUGGUUUCGUUACUAGUACAGUUCAAGGCCAUGUGAGUAAACUAGUAUUUGGUUUACUUGGAAAGAAUCAAACUCCAACGGUUUGCAUGGUUGGAAGAUAUCAUUUCUAUGAGGGACACUCUCUCAAACAAGUCACAUUACCCGUUCGGAUAUUUAAACUUUUAGGUGUUGAAGUUUUAAUUGUUACCAACGCGUCUGGUGCGCUCAAUAAAGAUUUUCGGGUUGGAAAAGUGGCAGUACUUACUGACCAUAUAUCUCUUCCUGGUCUAGCAGGUAAUAACCCAUUAUUUGGGCCGAAUCUUGGCAUGUUUGGACCGCGGUUUCCACCCAUGACAGACGUGUAUGAUUAUGACCUUCGGGUUCUAGCUUUUAAAGCAGCAUCAUCUCUUAAAUUUGAUGAGGGAACUUUGAAGGAAGCUAUAUAUUGUUUUGUUGGUGGACCUUCAUAUGAGACCAAAGCUGAAGCUCGAUUCCUGAGGACGAUUGGUGGGGAUAUUGUUGGAAUGUCUACUGUACCAGAAGUAAUCGUAGCGAGACAUAGUGGGAUUCGUGUAUUGGGACUUAGUCUCGUGACCAACAUGGUUGCAUUGAGAAAAGACAAAAGUGCAGACCCUUCAGCGAGUGUUAUUGAAGAACCUGAAGAACCACCACCAAAGCAUGAGGAAGUAUUAGAAGUUAGUAAGGCCAGAGCUCACGACAUGCAGAACUUGGUCAAAACAAUUGUUGGAUUAAUUUAA